UAUCGCAGUAAAAUGCGUAAUGAUUUAAAAAGCAACAUAAUUGUUAUUUUUAACAAUAACAAAAAAGAAGAAUUAAUUAAAGCUUUCAAAACCCAGUGUAAAAUCAAACCUAUAAUUGCAACUGAUUUAUACUCAAACUUUGAUCCAACACGUAUAUAUUUAAAUGAUCAACUGUCGAUGGAGAAUAAGAAAAUAUUAUGGGCUACAAAACAAGUGGCAAGUAAAUAUUGUUACAAAUAUGUUUGGUCGAACAGCAUUGGAGUUUUUUUGAAGAAGAAAGAAGGUGAUACGGGUACACGUUCAUGUUCACUGGUGGUGACGUGACGAUGCCGUCUGUCCUCUGCAGCGAGUGGGCAUCGACAAAGAAG